AUGACGACGACGACGACUACGACUGCGAUAGCGAUGGCGACCAAUACGGCCAUAAAUCAUGAUGACGACGAUGAUGAUGAUGAUGCGUCUACCACCAAGCUUCCAACUAACAAUUGUAAUUUUUCUCUUCUCCCCCACAGUGAAAUGGCCAGCCCUAGAUGCCAAUCGAGGGAGUCAUCCGGCGGUGGACGUUGCCCAUCGGACGAAUCGAUUCGCUCCGAGGGUGACCGGGACGGGCACAACUCGGGCCCGAACAUGAGCCCGGUUUCGAUAACGCUUCCACCGACCCUGCCACCAGCAGCCGCCGCCGCCCUCCUGCCUCAGCAUUCAGCCGCAAUGGCGGCCUAUCUGAAUGUGGCCGCCGUUGCAGCCCAACAGAACCGCCUGCUGCUCGGUUCGCCACUGGCCGGACUAGCAGCCGCUCGCAACGGAUCCCCGCCUAUUCUACCUCCACUGGCGUCCCCAACGGACGAGAGCGACGAUGCCGCGUUGGAUUUUAGCAAAAAGCGCUCCGACAGCGGCACGGCCGACGAUGAUGGCGCCAGUGACUGCGAGGACGGAGAUGCCGUCAAUUUGAGCGCCAAAUCCGGCGAUAACAGUCCGCUGGAUCUGUCGGUCAGCCAUCGGAAGCGAACGGGCGAUGACUCCCAUUCACCUCCACCGCGGAAGGCACCACGAACGAUGGAUUACAAACCGGCCAUCGUCAGUCCGUGGAGUUCUCCCGUAACACCUCAGCUUCCGUAUUUCGCCGCCGCAGUAGCAGCUGCUAGUCUUUCGCCGAAAAACAAUCAUACGGAUUGGAAUGGCAAACACAAAGGCGUCAAUAAUGAAGCUGCGAAAGCACUGGAAAAGAUGACAGAACUGAGCCGUCUCGGUGGAGAAGAAAUCUAUCGACCUCAGAACAAUAACGCCGCCGGAGGUGGUGCCACCGCAGGCGGUGGCCGUCACAGCGCAUGGCAAUCACACUGGCUCAACAAGGGAGCCGACUCGGCCAAGGAUGUCCUCAAAUGUGUCUGGUGUAAGCAAAGCUUCCCAUCGCUGGCAGCCAUGACCACCCAUAUGAAGGAGACUAAGCACUGCGGAGUAAAUGUUCCUCCGGGCACUGGGAUGCCACAACAGCCGAUCCAAUCGCAGCCACCGAAUUCGUCCAACCAAAACACCGGUAGUAAUGCUUCCAAUAAACCUUCACCCAGUGAGUUGAAUCUGUUGAUUAAAGAAACGAUGCCACUACCCCGGAAACUGGUCCGCGGUCAAGACGUUUGGCUUGGCAAAGGUGCCGAGCAAACUCGCCAGAUCCUAAAGUGUAUGUGGUGUGGUCAAAGCUUCCGAACACUGGCCGAAAUGACUUCUCACAUGCAGCAAACUCAGCACUACACCAACAUUAUCUCACAAGAACAAAUCAUAUCGUGGAAAUCAUCCGACGGUGAUAAGCCUGGAGGGCCUCCCGGUCCCAGUGGAAAUGCUUCAAAUACAUCCGGUACACCGAGCAACAACCCCGCUACACAAGCCAACAGCCACGUCAGUGCAGUUCUCACGUGCAAAGUGUGCGACCAAGCUUUCUCCUCGCUUAAGGAACUUAGCAAUCACAUGGUCAAGAACGCUCAUUACAAGGAGCACAUCAUGCGAUCGAUCACCGAAAGUGGAGGAAGGCGACGACAGACUCGGGAAAAGCGGAAGAAAUCACUCCCGGUGAGAAAGCUGCUGGAAAUGGAGCGUGCCCAGCACGAUUUCAAGAACGGAGAAAACCCAGGUAUCAACGCAUCCAACAAACCAAUUCGCGAUCUCGGAGCGGGCAAAAUUACCUGCGAAAAAUGUAACGAAAAGAUCGAGACCACGAUGUUCGUGGAUCAUAUCAGACAGUGCAUCGGUGGAACUGCGAUACUGCAAGCGCAACAGCAACGUGAAAAACUCAAGAAUGCCCUCCUUUCGAACACGAUCAUCUCACCGGAUUCGAUCAGCCCGGUUACACCGUUAAGUCGAGACGGUCGAAAAUCGGUUGGGGAAGAUUUGUCCUCCCCGCUGUCACUGCAAAAGUCUCCCAUGCCGGCUGAUUUAUCCUCCCCGUUAUCUGCGAAGAAAGAUGGCGAGAAAAGCUCCUCUCCGUCGGUUUUGAAUGCGAUCGAGCAGUUGAUAGAGAAGAGUUUCGAUACUCGUACGCGUCAUCCAAGCACCAACUUUGGUAACACGAGCCAAAACGCAACUCCCCUUGGAUCGAGUAUUUUGAAGCGGCUGGGUAUCGAUGAGAGUGUAGACUACACCAAACCGCUGGUAGAUCCACAGACAAUGAACUUGCUGAGGAGUUACCACCAGCAGCAUUACGCGUCGCAGUUUGGUCGAAGGGAGAGGAGUGGUAGCGAGUCCAGUUCCAUCUCGGAACGAGGUUCUAGCCGGGUGGAUUCACUGACACCGGAGAAAAAGUAUGACACGCCGGGACAUUCGACGCCCCGAGGAACUCCGGAGAAGCAGUUCAUGGACGAUCACAACAUCAGCGAUGAGCAGUCUGUCAAUAUCAAGCGGGAGCUGCACAGCGAUGAUGAUGAUGAGGGUGACAAGCAUGAACCACCGAAAAUAAAAAUCAAGAGAGAAAUAGACGAUGACGAGGAAGAGGGACCGAUGCGACCACCGAGCAAAUCGAAUGAAGAAAUAGACUCAGAGAAGGAGCACAGAAGGCGAAGCAGUGUGGCGUCUAGUCCGGCUCCGAGUCCACGCAUGAUGACGGCUAGUGUUCCGUUGAGCCCAGCAGCUAGUCCAAUGAGUGAUCAUCAUUCCAUUGCUUCUCGAUCUACGCCAGGAGUUGCGGAAGGGGGUAGCAAAAAGGGUGGUAGCGUGAGCAGCAGUCUUGGUGCUCUAUCAUCGAUGUUUGAUAAUUUAACCGGAGCUGGCAGUGCGGGUAAUGCGGAAUCGGGUGGUUCGGGAAAGAAGACGAAUGCUCAUCCUUUGGCGGCGUUGCAGAAACUUUGUGAUAAAACAGAGACAACACCGAGUGGCAGGAGUAGCACCAGCAAUACACUACUUUCGGCGACUACCAACAGCCAGGCGAGUAGGACAGCACCCGGGGCAAUCCUGGCAUUUAGCUGGGCGUGCAACGAUGCUGUAAUGUCGGACGAGUCGGUGAUCAAAUGUGCCUAUUGUGACACAACGUUCACCUCCAAGGGCGCCUAUCGGCACCAUCUGUCAAAGGCACACUUUGUCAACGAUGAAAUCAUCCCGGAUCCCAAGGGUCAACCGAUGAAACCGGAAGGAUCGCCCCAUUCGCCAAAAUCGACCGGAAGUGGGGGUGCAGCGGGGGCUAGUAAUCGUGAAAGUGUAAACCGUAACGACGGGGGCAGCACUCCCGUACAUUUGAUGGGUGGCGGCUGCAGUAACAGUGGAAACGGGCAACCCAAAAGCCCACCUCCAGCGCAAUCACCGGCGGCAUUCGACGAAAGUCCGCACUCCAAGUUUCUCAAGUACACCGAACUGGCUAAACAGUUGUCGUCCAAGUACGUCUGACAUUCCUAAGUUUGCUAACGCGCGUCCGAGCCCCGGUAGGUUUCUUUUUUACUUCUCUGUUGUUCAAUAUGUAAAUAAUGCGCUGAAUUGUCGGAAUGAUGAUGGACAGACCGAUAUAGGGAGGGAGAGAGAGAGCGAGAGCGAGUUUGUGUGGGACAAUGCGGGAGAGUGAGCAGAAAAAAAACAAGAAAUGGUUGAAGAAAGAGAGAGAGAGGGAGGGAGAGCGACAGAAACCGAGGCAGUAAAUAACGUAUUUAUGUGUGUUUCCAUUUCUGGUGCGAGCUGCGUUCAAUAACCACUUGAAGGAGUGUAGACGGUAAAGCGGAGAGACCGAGAAAACAGAAGUUAGGAAGGGUAUAACGAUCAACAAACAACACAGAAGCGGCAAAGCCGACGGGAGCAGGUUUUUUUUUCUUCUUCAGUAUGUACCUCUUUACGUUCGCAGUGAACGUGGCGGUACCUUCAGAUGUGUUGGUGAAUCUCUUUUUUCCGCUUCUUUUAAAUCACUCGAUUUAAUGUCUUUUAUAUACACAUCAAACGAUCCGAAGUGUGAGGGAAACAAACACAUGACCAUGCCAUGCCGCACUGCACAUCAGCGAGACUUGCACACACAUAUCCGCGCGAAUGUGAAGUAGAGCAAAGCACUCCAUGUAGGCAGAAGAGUGUGAGUUUUAAGUGGAAGUGCAGUUUUUUUUCUUCAUGUUGCUUUGCUCUUUCGAGAAGGAGGACAGAGAAGAAAUCAAUCAAGAAAAUAAAGCCAACGUCAGCGGAAUAUAGAGAGCAGGCUGUGCCAUUCAGUUUGAUAGGGCUGCUGAAGAUGGAAAGGGUAAAAUACAGGCAGACAGAGAGCCAUCGAAAGGCUGUUCUGCCGUUUGCGCGAGUAAAAACAAAAUGGAGUUUGGUGGGGCUCUGAAAGAUGGAACGAAAGCAGGUUUUAUGAGUUACUCGGCGGUGUGUGGUUGUUUUCCUUCGCAAGCUACCUCUUUUCCAGAUGUGAUAAUUGAUUAUCUUCUGGUGGUGGGCGCUUGAACCGAUUUCGUUCGACUUUUCUAGAGCGAAAUUUAAUUAAUAUUCAUCAGGUCGCCUCUGACCUUGCGUUGACCAACGAAAUGGGGAUACCGACCGAAAGAAGUGAUUUUUGUUUGAUCGGAUUAUAAACCAAUGAUUUGAAUACGUCAACUUGUUUCAUCGAAGCUUUGUAAGCUAAAUUUCUUUCCGCGUUUUCUGCUAAAAAUAUACAGGUCCCAAUACGUAAACUCGCUCCACUCUCCGUGAUUUACUAGAUCAGCGACGUGUGAUUCACAUAUCUCGAGAAGGAAUGCCAGAUAGCACAGCUAUCUGGAUAUUGUAGAUUAUUGUAAAAUAUGCCCGAUUCUAGAGACGCCAUGUUGGCCGUGACAUGCGAAAAAUUUAGUUUCCACCUUAGUCAGUUACGGACAAUUUAACAAGAACCCUUUUUUUUGGCGCAUCAUUGAUAAGCAAACGAACAUGUGAAAAAAAUGUAAAAUCGGUAUACAAAUAAAAGCAUAAAAUGUAACUUUUUCGAUAAAAUUAACAUACGAAAACUAAAUAAUGCAUAUGUUGUACAGGCAUCAUUCAGAAUGAGUUCAUUCAACAAGUCAAAAUUGUGUUAAGUAAUAUGAAAAAAAAAAUAAAUAAUGAAAAAAGUAAUCUGCUAUACGAGUCACUCAAAUCAUACGAGAACAAAUAAACAAAUACUUUAUAUUUCCCUCUUAAGUAGUCAAAGCGAUUAAAGAAAUGACGCUAGUUACACAAUUAAAGAAACACAUGAGUCAAAGGAGCAGCGACGAAAAGUUAAAAUUAUUCAAUUUGAAACCGAAAUUUGGUAUACGUAAUUUACACUCAAGCAAAUUCGCAUAAGUAUUAAAGCAUUUUGGAAUUAAAGAAAAAAAGAACAUUAUUACACAACACGGAUCUAUACGAAAUUGUAACUUUUGGUAUACGGUGCAAACAAAACAGAUGAGCAAAAGGAAUCCGGUAUUUCGUUCAGAGCCACGAAAAUAAUACUACAAAACACACACACAGAUUUGCGUGCCAAAACUCAGUAUACUAACAAAGCGAGGGGAAAACUUCUCCUGCGCAAUUAUAUGCUAUGCAACAACAAAAAUCAAAAAUAUUGCUAUGGAAAGAUUAAUUUUCAAAGCCCAAUCGUUCAGACAAGAAACAAAAAAUAACUUCUUUUUUCGAAGAUUACUGAUCUGCUUUAUCGAGUGAGUAUAAGCAGAAACACUCCCAGUGCUCCCAGAUUUGCAUUUAUUUAAAGUUUAUUUCCUGUUCAUAAUUGUUUUUUUAUUUGGUAAACUUUUAAGCGUAAAAGAAUUGUGAUUUCUGUAAAUAGUCAACAAUGUUUGAAACCGAACGAAAUGCGAGAACCGGUUUUUAUUUCUGUUUCGAUCUGUUAAUCAGACAUUUUAUUGUCUUCAGCAUGCAUGCAAAAGGAAUUUUGUAAAUAUUCGCUACCGUCAAACUAAUGGCACGAAAAACAUGCGAGAAUUAAGAGUUGAAAACUUUCCAGCUACCUAACUAGUAGUGAAAAUAUAACAUACGAACUAAGAGGUAUACCUUUCAUUGAAACUUGAACACAACAUAGGAAUUCAUAAGUUUUAGAAAUUAAAUUACUGAGCGUAGGGUAAACAAUACUAUUAUGUAACAAAGUGAAACACGCAACACCGUAUUUAUUGAAAAUAAAAACUUCUAAUUACAGAAAAUAAUAAUUAUAACAAUAAGCUAAAUAGUAUUAUAAAGCUAAACAAUAUUUGAAACUUAGGAAGGUCAAACUAUACGAUGGGAACGUGGUAGGAGCAAUCGUGUACGUGGAGCGAAAUAUUUGAGGAAAGUUUAAAAUAUAUUACAAUGGUAUACUCCAGAAAUCGAAUCAAUGAUACGGAAACCGAUGGGGUGAUUGAAACUGCAAGUACUAAAAAAAGUAUACGUAAACACGCAAUUCGAAAAAAACAAACAAAAAAACAUGAAAUGUCAAAUUGGAGCGAACAACAGAUCUGAGCAUUGCUAUAAACUAGAACUAGCAAUAAGUGAAAAAGUAGCUGAAAAUUAUUCCUCUCCCAUCUGCAAAGUGAGAAGCCGUAUUGGAAGACAUUGACUAAAUCAAACAAAACACAAAAAUAAAAGUUACAGCGUUCAACCGACAAACACAAAAUCAAUAAGUCUUUGCGUAAAAUUAAAAACUAAAAGUAAAUAAACCAUUGUAUUUAUAGAAAUAUCGAAUAGAAGGCAGAAAAAAACAUUGUUUAAAAUUACAAAAAAUCACUUAGUUUGACCCAUUUCGAUAGUAGAGCUGAAUAUUGGUAAAAUUUGAUUUUCAUUUAACUACAAUUGCAAACUUUCAUCCAUUCUACAAAACCACAAAAACAAUAAUUUGAACGAUAGAAAGUGAGACACUAGUUGUAUUGUAAGUUUUUUGGUUUAUCAGUGCGUCGUUUCUCACGCAAUUCUACACACGCAUACGACAAAUUUCAUACCGACCGUGGCAGGCAUACUUUCUGGAAGUGCAUCCAAAGCGGUGAAAAAGUGAAGUAAAAAAAUCUAUAAAUAUAGAUAUAAAUAUAUAUUAUACGAGAUAUAAAAAUCAAUUAUUAUUUAAAUGCAAUUUUUAAAAAUUUUAAAAACCGA